UUGAACCAUUUGAAUUAAUCUUCAUAAAUCUGUGACGCUUUUACAUUUAACACAACGACUGAAAAUAAAAAUCAACCUUUCAGUAAAAUAAAAUCCUUGUUACUUAUACAUUCUGAGGGAAUUUUCUACUUAACAAGCUGAUUAACCGACUUAUGAUAAUGAUGGGAAUAUAUACUUUCGUUUGGUUCAUUUCAUAAACUGGACCGCGCUUUUUAGUUGUGGACGUGCUAAGAUGAGGUUGUUUAUUCGAUCCCACCUUCAUGACCAGGUUGUGAUAUCUGCGGGACCAAAUGAAUCCGUGAGGUCAUUAAAAGAUAAAAUUUCUCUGGUCACCGGCAUACAGGCUGCUACUCAGUCCCUUUAUCAUCAUGGGUCUCCUUUACUCGAUUGUGCACUUCUACAAGAUUUUGGUUUCACCGACCUAGAUUAUGUCGACGUAAAUUGUGAACUUCGAGGUGGAGGAAAGAAAAGAAAAAAGAAAAAUUACACCACUCCAAAGAAGAUCAAACACAAGAAGAAAAAAGUAAAACUCGCGACGCUGAAGUUUUACAAAGUUGACUCAAAUGGAAAGGUAACGCGGUUACGGAGAGAAUGUCCCAACGAUAAGUGCGGUGCAGGAGUCUUUAUGGCCAGCCACUUUGACCGUGAAUAUUGUGGGAAAUGUACUUUAACAUACAAACAUGUGAAUAAGUAGAAAUAAAGUGAGAAAAUUCGG